GGAGGCGUGUGUUGGACUGACAUCAUCUGCACUAACUCAUGAAGUCCUUGGCAAACUCCAGUCAGAAGACGACCUCCUGGCACUGCUAUCAGCGACCGCCUUGUCCGCCAAUUCCGAGCCUGACCAGCUGCCGCCCAACUCCGAGCCUGACCAGCUGCCGCCCAACUCCUAGCCUGACCAGUUGCCGCCCAACUCCUAGCAUGACCAGUUGCCGCCCAACUCCGAGCCUGACCAGCUGCCGCCGAACGGAGGUCCUGUGCCGACAUCGUCCAUCAGCGCCAAGCGAAAACUCGCGAAAAAUAGCCAAAUGGGCCCGCCGACGGGGAUCGAACCUAGUUCGUCCGCGCAUCAAGCGAUCAUUUUACACUGGGCUACGUCUCCCUCACAAUAAAGCUCAUAGUUAGCCGUAAACAUAUUUUAGUUGAGAUGAAAAACACAUCAAAUAUGAUGGUGUAAAAAUGAAUUUUAAUAGGAC